UUCAGGUGUUUCAGUUGAAGUAGCUCACCACAGCACAGGAAGAGCUACUGGCAUUUCGAUUGAGUUGAGAUUUAACGACGACAUCUACCUUUUCCAACACUGCAAAAGCAGGAUUCAAAGUUUUGUAGCACUAUAGGGAAUGGGAAUAAAUUAACAAAGGGACUUCAGUUGGAGCGUUCCUGGAAGAUGCAUUCUGCCAGAUAUGAAUACGACGGUAGUAAUGGCCAUAGUGAGCGGAUUGACUUCCUUACCUGCAAAGAGAAGGUGUCAUCAAAGCGGAAGGUCGGCAUCCUGAUCGGGGUUCUUGUGGUGCUUUUGAUCCUUGUGGUUGUUGCGGCGAUCCUCAUUUGGCUGUUUGUCUUAAAUGGUGCCAAUUCAGCAACCAGCAGUAUGCAGCUCAGUCCAUCGACAAAGGUCUUCAGUGGACAUUUGAGGAUGGUUGAUGUACCAUACGACAAGAAUCUGGAGGAUUCGAACAGCCCGGCAUUCACGGAUUUGGCGGUCAACCUGGAGGCACUUCUGGAGGAAAGCUACAAGAAAGACUCUUUGCUCGCAAAAUACUACACUACGUCUGUGGUCACUGCAUUCAGUGCGGGUGUGAAAGCCUACUACUGGUCCCAGUUUGACAUUCCGGUCGAAGACUUGGAGAUUGUGCCGAAGUUCUCAGAGUUGCGUGUUUUGGAGACUCUGGAGAAAGGCAUUAGGGAGCAGCGCAGCCUGACGAGCCCCAAGAUUAUCAAGAUCACUGAAGUCACUGCCUCAGCCACAGAUUUUCGCAUGGCCAGGAACCCCAAAACCAGUGACUGUUUCUACCGUCUGGAGGCUGAUGAAACGGUGAAGACGUUUUUGUCACCAGGAUACCCCGAUCGCUACCCCGCCAAGUCUCGGUGUCAGUGGCAAAUGCGAGCUUCAGAAAACUAUGCCAUUUCUGUCAGUUUCCCUUUUUUCCACAUCGAGGAUAACUGCAAUAAAGACUAUGUCUUCAUCUAUGACUCUUUGAGUACAGAUGAAACUCGGGCCAUCACACAGAAGUGUGGUCAGAGGCCUCCCUCCAACCCUCUGGAGGUGGUGUCAUCUGGCAACAUCAUGUUGAUUAACAUGAUUACUGACAGUGAAGUUCUAAGGCCUGGCUUUGAGGCUAAUUAUAGCGCCAUCCCUAUUUCUAAAGGGCAAACCUGUGGUGGUCUCCUCUCUAAAAGCGAAGGAGUCUUCACCUCCCCACUUUACCCCAGCUUCUAUCCUCCUUCGGUGGACUGCAUGUGGACCAUUCAGGUCCCUGCUGGGAAGCAUGUGCGGUUGAAGUUCACCAUGUUCCGCAUGAAAGAGCCUGGGGUGGACACCCGUGUGUGUCACAAAGACUACGUGGAGGUUAUGGACACCAAGUAUUGCGGAGAAAUGUCCUCUUUGGCUCUGACCAGUAAGGACAACGUGCUAAAUGUGAAGUUCCACUCCGAUAAGUCCUACACUGACAAAGGGUUCAGUGCAGAGUACAGCUCCUAUGAUCCUGGAGACCCUUGCCCCAACAAGUUCGCCUGCACAUCUGGCUUCUGUAUUGCGAAAGAACUGAAGUGUGAUGGCUGGAACGACUGCGGUGAUAUGAGCGACGAGAAGCAGUGCCAUUGUGAGGCCGACCAGUUUGCUUGUUUGAAUGGCCUGUGCAAACCAAAACUUUUUGUGUGUGAUCACGUCAACGACUGCGGAGACUUGAGCGAUGAGAGACAAUGCGGUUGUGAGGCGAAUGAGUUCCGCUGUGGUAACGGGGUUUGUCUGCCUCAGGAGGUUGUGUGUGACAGUAAGCAGGACUGUGAAGACGGAAGCGACGAGGCCAAAUGUAAAGACUCUCGGAGUGUCUGCUCUGACUUCAGCUUCAAGUGUAAGAACAAUGAAUGUGUCAACAAGCUGAAUGCCGAAUGUGACCGCAUCGACGACUGCUCUGACAAGUCAGACGAGGACAGCUGCAAUUGUGGCACCAGGCCCUAUAAGCUGAACCGCAUCGUAGGAGGGCAAAACGCUGAGGUGGGGGAGUGGCCCUGGCAGGUCAGCCUUCACUUCAUGACCAAUGGGCACGUUUGUGGCGCCUCAAUCAUAUCUGAGACGUGGCUCCUUUCGGCUUCCCACUGCUUUCGCACCCAUGACGAUGCGAACCUGAUUCCAUCCAACUGGCAAACCUACAGUGGCAUGCAGGACCAGUACAAGCUGGAUGGCACACAGCUCCGCUCACUGAAGAGGAUCAUCACCCAUCCUGAUUACAGUCAGAUGACCUUUGACUAUGACGUUGCACUGCUGGAGCUCAGUGAGCCACUGCAGUUUACCAACACCAUCCAACCCAUCUGCCUACCCGUUUCCUCCCACGUCUUUCCUGCAGGCAUGUCCUGCUGGGUCACAGGCUGGGGCUUGCUCCGAGAAGGAGGUCAAAAGGCACAGCUGUUGCAGAAGGCAUCAGUGAAAAUCAUCAACGACACGGUGUGCGACAUAGUCACGGAGGGCCAAGUCACCUCCAGGAUGCUCUGCAGUGGAUUCUUGGCUGGAGGAGUUGACGCAUGCCAGGGAGACUCUGGAGGCCCCCUGGUGUGUUUCGAAGAGAGUGGCAAGUGGUUCCAGGCCGGCAUCGUGAGCUGGGGUGAGGGGUGCGCUCGCCGGAACAAGCCCGGUGUCUACACGCGUGUCACCAAGUUGAGAGACUGGAUCAAGAAGGAGACAGGGAUUUGAUGGUGUUGUGAGGCGCAGGGAACAACGCUAGUGUGCUAAAAAUAAUGGGAGACUGAACAUUUGAGUAUGAUUCAGGACAAGUCUCGUCAAGAUGUAUUCAUUUAGCCAGCAAACUGAGGAUACUGCUGCAUGGACCCAGCUACUCACAUGAAUGACUUAAAGGACUUAAUUUGGACUCUUUCCCCACUCAUCCCACACAUACACGCACACGUAAACCACACCAUCUCAUGUUUUGUAUAGUUUUUAAAUGUGUAGAUCAGCACAGUCUCUUUUACCCCCAUCAAUAUUGUCAUGUUGCAUUAGUGAAUAUACACAGAGUAAAAAUAAUGAAAUGCAUAUUCUGAGAAUUUCCCAAUACUUGUCCAAUAUAACCUUUUUAUAGGAAGAAUAUGAACAUUUUACAGAUUUUCAAGUGUUAAAGUACAGUGUCCCUCCCUGGAAAAAGUAAUCGUGCUUUCAAGCCUUAGUAAUGUGUAUGCAGGUAAGAUGUCUUCAUCCUCUUGGGUCAGUCAGUGUUGCACUUUGCCAGUGGGAUCGUGCUAUAGAUGGCUAUAAAUCUGGGGGUUUAUUUAUCAAGUAUCUUAAAGGACCAAACACAGCAGAUACACAUACUGCUGACAGUUUUCCAAAGCAUAGCUUUGGCUUUUAGAUUGAUGAAAGAUUUUUUUCUUUUAUCUGCUAAGCAUCCAUUUUUCCCAGGUUUUAUCAGUAAAGUCUAAACAUAAUCUUGUAGAGACAUCUGCAUUACCAUGUGGUGAUAACAGAAGUUACAACAAAGAACAAGAACUUAACAAUAUUAAACAUGUUGCUCAAAUCCAUGCAGGGAAAUUUUUACAUCAUACUAGAAUUAAAACCAGAAACUGCCUGGGAGGUAUAAAAUGCAUUAAUCAAUCUAAAAUCUUGCUUUGGACAUCAGUCCUACAUCAGUAUUUUUAUUACAUAUUUACAGAUGCUGGCCUUGUCUGCUGUGUGAAUGACUUGCCAAAAUAUGAUAUUAAAAAAGGGGGGGCAGAGGAUGAUGAUUAGAUCCUCUUGGCUUUUGCACAGGUCUCUAGUUAAGCUCAGGGUGAUUGGGGUCUUCAGUCACACACAUCUGAGAGCUAAAGCAAACCAAUAGGGGUUUUCACUGAUUGCCGGAGUAAUGCAAUGAAAUCUUAUCCCUAUGAGAGUUUCUUCUCUUUGGUCAUGAUCAACUCAAUCAACUUUUAAGAUUUGAUGAAUUUGAAGAUUUGACUGAAUGGUUUCUCUAACUGUUUCCCUCAUCUCUGACUUAUCCUUGGAAAUAUUGUAUCCUGGCAAACCAAAAGAUUUAUAUAGAUUUAUAUGUGGGGAAAAAAAAUUUAAGAAGAAAUAUUUGAGUAUAUUGCUCAACUGACCUUUUAAAAAAAAAUACAGUUAAACAAUGCAAUUGCAAAGUGUAUUUUUCACAAAGUAGGGAGAGGCAAAUAUUCUCAUGAGCAUUGCACACUGACACUGUGAUUUGGAUUAUAUACAUGCAUUAUAACCUUUCUUUGUUUGUGUUUUUAUAUGACAGUCAUGAUAAUAAACAUCUUUUAUCUGAUUUCUCACUA